AAAGGAGUCAGGACAGAAAGUGGAUCAGUCGACCGCCACGGCGAUGCCUUCCAACAAAUACUCUGCUGCCAUCAUCAUGGAGGAGAGCAAGAACAUGACCGCCACCGCGCCGGUGAACGGAGACACGCCUCCAGCAGAGAACCUAUCAGAGAACGACAGCGGCGUGGAGCUGACCAACGAGAACAGCCCUCUGACUGCAGCCGAACCGCCCUCGCCGUUCAGCCCGAAGCAGAACGGAGACGCCGCCUCGCCUCAAGAUGAUAACGAGUGCACGAGAGAAAGCAGGAAGAGGAGCAGGAAGAAGUCCGAGGAGGAGGAGGAAAGCACCUGGGACUCCUACAGCGAGGAGAAAUCUUCAGGAGCGUCUCAGCUGGGUUUGAGGCAAACUCCUCGACCCAGAACCAUCUUCCAGGCCGGUCUGACGCCACACACACACACCAAACCUCGCAGACAGAACCGCAAACAGGAGCACAGCGUGUCAUUGUGUGUUGCUGGUCCUCGGGCUGCCGUUGUAUCCGUGGCGGUCCCUGAGGCCCCCCCUUCUCUGGAUCUGAUGGAACAAGACUCCAAAGACUCGGCGCAGAGCAUCAGCACCUCGUCCAGCUCUGAAAUCCAGCCCGAGUACAAUGUAAGACGAGUGUGUGUGUGUGUGUGUGUGUGUGUGUGUGUGUGUGUGUGACUGAUGGAGAUAACCGUACCAGACGCGCUCAUAGGGGCAGAUUUAUAAGUUGGAAAUACUUCAAAGAAAUGAAAGGAAUGAAAGAAGAAGAAGAAGGGCAGGAUGUUUAAAUCUGUUGAUAAAGUCCUGAAGUGAUUCUUUGUUUGUCUCUUAAAGCGCUCCACCUGGCCUUGUGUGAGUGCAGGUGGCCACAAACACUCCUGACUGUGUUUUCUCUGUAUCAAUAGUUUCAUUGAGGUCAGGGUGACCACACCAGAGCCUCUGUGUGUUUACACUCUCUCUGCAUACUUGUGCAUGUUAGUCUUAUCCUCUGUUUGUGUUUAUCUGUGUGUGUGUCUGUGCGUGUCUUCACUGGCUGAUCUCAGCAGAGCGUAGCGUCCUCUAAGGGAGCCCGACUCCAUCACAAAGCCUAAUGGGUUUUCUCUCUGAAGGCGGACUGAAGGAGCUCAACUAGGAUUUAUCUGCAAGCAUAAGGACACAUAAAUCUCAAACAGACAGACAGAAAAGACUAAUGGGUUACUUAAAGGAGGGGGGGAUGUGUGUUUUCAAAAGAUUGUCCCUGCAGAAAGUGGAAACACCUGAGCAAACAGGACUACAACAGGUGUGGAGUGAUGGUGGACAAACCAUCACAUUUGAUAU